GCCGUACAGCAUUCUCUCAGUCGCUCAGAGUCGCCGCCCAGCCUAAAAAUGAGCAGUCCGGACGAAGAGCGUUCCGGCUUGCUGGCCGGCGGGAGCAGCCGGACGGUGAGUUCGCAGUCCUACUACAACCCGGGCGCGUACCAGAACGCCAGUGCCCCCGAGCCACAGGCCGCGUUUGCCAGCUCCAGUCACAAGCAAGCCUCGGGCGCACUGGCAGGCGGGCAGCGGUCGUCGUACGGCGGCGUGGCUGCCCCGAGCAGCCGGAAACAGCCAAAUGCCGCCAACCAGCGCGGCGCUGUCGUCAUCAGUCGGUCGGAGGGCGCCUCUGCGGACAGCCCGUAUGGCGGACUUGGUGACAUUGACGAGGCAAGUCCGCGCGAUGCCGGGCGCAAGUGGAAAGGCGGGCAGUGCGUCAACGACUGGCCGUUCCUCGUCCUGUUCCUCCUCUACGUGUUUGUCAUGAUGGUCCUUGGCAUUGUUGCCGUCUCCCAAGGCGAUCCUGCAAGAUUGUACCACGGUCGAGAUUGGCAAGGCUACUUUUGUGGCAUUGAAAACGAGGAUGGGCCGGACAUGCGCGGGAAACCCUACUUGCUGUUCUACCUGGAUGGCAACAGUACGACGAGCAUCCAACAAGACUCAAUCCACAACGACAACGAGUGGAACUUGUACUUGCCUCAAGUUACGCUCAUGAAUCGCCCAGAACGAGCUGCGGCGCUCAUUGGCUCGACUCCGUCAUCCUCGGCGCAUUCACAAUCCUUCCACGACUCCUUUUUGUCGGCGAGUCGCUACAUUGCCCGCGGUGUGUGCGUUGCGUCGUGUCCAAAGGUGACAGCGCCGGCCAGCUUCCCAACCGCGUCUGGUUCUCAGAUUUGGUGUGUCGCCAACGUUACAGUGGUGAGCGAAGCUGAUUUGCUUGCCAAGAUCAGCCAAGGCCUGUGUGCAUCCGGUUCCUUCCAAAGCUUUUCGGACGCCCAUCGCUGCAUUCCAUCCCAUCUUGGAGAGUCUUACACGGAUCCUGCGUCGAACAUGACCAUCAAUGCAACUCAAAUCGCGGACAUGGCGUAUCAAGACAUCAACGACAGCGGACUGGCUGAUCGGAUCAUGUCGGAUUUGAAUCAUUCUUAUGGCUGGAUUCUCCUCGGCUUGCUUCUGGCAACGGCUCUUUCUCUGAUCUGGCUUUUGCUACUGAGUCGCUUUGCUGGCUGCAUUAUUUGGAGCUCCAUUGCGUUCGGCCUGACACUCUUGCUGUCUUGCUCGGCGUUCUGUUUUGCCGAGUGGCACUCGCUUGACUCCAAGCUGGACGGCAAGCCAAGCGAUGCCACCGUGCACUCUGAUUACACGGACCGAGACAUGUUCUUGACCUACGCCAUCAUCUUCCUUCUGCUGACGCUGUUCGCCAUCCUGAUGACGUUUCUUUUGCGCCGUGGCAUUUACUUUGCCACCCAGAUCAUCAAGUUGGCCGCCGAAGCAGUCACUCACAUGCCUCAGCUCGUCAUUGUCCCUUUCCUCGGGUUUGGCCUUGUUUGCAUCGUAUUUGCCUUCAACAUUAUCGUGAUUGUGCACAUGGGGUCGGCAGGCAGCACAUCCAUCCAUUUCACCGGCUCGGGCAUUCCGUACCUGUGGUACGACGAGAACGAGUCUCUUCAACAAGUUCGUGUGUUCCAGAUCAUUGGGUUUAUCUGGAUUUUGCAAUUCAUCCAAGGGGUUGCCGUCAUGACAAUCGCAGGGGCCGUGUCUGAUUGGCUUACCUGUGAAAAGCGAAAGAUUCCGUGCUCUCGGCCAGUCUGGAAUUCCUUCAUGCGCACAAUGUACUUCCACCUGGGGUCGAUUGCCUUUGGUUCCUUGGUCAUGGUUGUUGCAGCGCUGCUUCGUCUCCUGAUCUCCCGCGUCCGGCAAAUGCUGCGCAAGAGCAAGAACGAUUUUGCCAAGCUGCUGCUCAGCUGUUUUGAUUGCUUGGUGCUGAGCAUGGCGUCAUUUAUGGAGUUUGUCACCCGCAUGGCUUAUGUUCAGAUGGCCAUCUCGGGAGAGCCCUUCUGCCGUGCGGGUCGCAAGUCGGUUGGACUCCUCUCGCGAAAUGCUUUGCCGUUUGCCGUCGUGCAGUCUGCCACCAGCCUCGUGAUGACGCUUGGUUUGUGCUUUAUUGCAUUGACGAGCGCGCUCAUCAUUGCUGGGGUUUUGCGCUCGAAGGAAGACUUGGACGUUCUCGCCUUCCCGUUCAUUAUUAUGAUUUUCCAGGGCGUUCUGGUGGUCAUGAUGUAUACGGGCGUGUUUAACGUGACCAUCCAAGCGAUUUUCCUGCACUAUUGCACGGAAUCGAUACGCAUCCAAACCACCGGGGACACACACAGUGCCAAAUCGAUCGCACUUGAACGAACGCUCAACGAGGCUGCCACUUACCACAAGGGUCGUUCGGGCUACCAAGUGCAGAGCGACGAAGCGGAUGGCGUGUAUGUCUGAUCAUUCUUUUUGGGAUGUAUUGUAAUUAAAGAACCGUAAACACGGCUGUUUUGUA